GGGCCGGGGCAGGUGAUUGCUACAUGUAGGCUUACCUGGGGAAAAACCAGAGCUUCACUUUGGUCUGUUCCGGUAUUUGACACGACUGGGUGCCCAGGAGGGGGAGGAGAGAGCUUCCCUUCAUAAAUGGUCCCACCCCUGGGCAAGGUGGCUCACUUUGGCAGGUAGGAACAGAGGAGUGUGCACCUGCCACCAGUCAAGCUCAGCCAGACUGCGAGAGGAGGCAAGGCGGAUCAAGCGAGGGAGUGAGUGAACCAUGGACAAGUUGAAGUGCCCCAGCUUCUUCAAGUGCAGGGGAAAAGAGACAGUGACAGCUUCAUCAGAGAACUUCCAUGUUGGUGAAAAUGAUGAGAAUCAGGACCGUGGUAACUGGUCCAAAAAAUCAGAUUAUCUUCUGUCUAUGGUUGGAUAUGCAGUGGGAUUGGGAAAUGUGUGGAGAUUUCCAUAUCUGACCUACAACAAUGGCGGAGGUGCCUUCUUGAUACCUUAUGCAAUUAUGCUAGCACUGGCUGGUUUACCUUUGUUCUUCCUGGAAUGUUCACUGGGACAAUUUGCUAGCUUAGGUCCAGUUUCAGUUUGGAGGAUUCUUCCAUUGUUUCAAGGUGUGGGAAUUACAAUGGUCCUGAUAUCCAUUUUUGUGACAAUCUAUUACAAUGUCAUAAUUGCCUAUAGUCUUUACUAUAUGUUUGCUUCUUUUCAAAGUGAACUACCAUGGAAAAAUUGUUCUUAUUGGUCAGAUAAAAACUGUAGCAGAUCACCUAUAGUAACUCACUGUAAUGUGAGUACAGGAAUGGGAUAUAUCAUCCAAAUGAAUAAAAGCUGGGUAGAUACUAACAAUUUUACCUGCAUCAAUGGCAGUGAAGUUUAUCAGCCAGGGCAGCUUCCCAGUGAACAAUAUUGGAAUAAAGUGGCACUCCAACGGUCAAGUGGAAUGGAUGAGACUGGAGUAAUUGUGUGGUAUUUAGCACUUUGUCUUCUUCUGGCUUGGCUGAUAGUUGGAGCAGCAUUAUUUAAAGGAAUCAAGUCUUCUGGCAAGGUGGUAUAUUUUACAGCUCUUUUCCCCUAUGUGGUCCUGCUCAUCCUAUUAAUACGAGGUGCAACACUAGAAGGUGCAUCAAAAGGCAUUUCAUACUACAUUGGAGCACAGUCAAAUUUUACAAAACUUAGGGAAGCUGAGGUAUGGAAAGAUGCUGCCACUCAAAUAUUUUACUCCCUUUCAGUGGCUUGGGGUGGCUUAGUUGCUCUGUCAUCUUACAACAAGUUCAAUAACAACUGCUUCUCUGACGCCAUUGUAGUUUGUUUGACAAACUGUCUCACUAGUGUGUUUGCUGGAUUUGCUAUAUUUUCUAUAUUGGGACACAUGGCUCAUAUAUCUGGAAAGGAAGUCUCUCAAGUUGUAAAAUCAGGUUUUGACUUGGCAUUCAUUGCUUAUCCAGAAGCUCUAGCCCAACUCCCAGGUGGUCCAUUUUGGUCCAUACUAUUUUUCUUCAUGCUUUUAACUUUGGGUCUUGAUUCUCAGUUUGCUUCCAUUGAAACGAUUAUAACAACAAUUCAAGAUUUAUUUCCCAAAGUGAUGAAGAAAAUGAGAGUUCCCAUAACGUUGGGUUGCUGCUUGAUUUUGUUUCUACUUGGUCUCAUGUGUGUGACUCAGGCUGGAAUUUACUGGGUUAAUCUGAUUGACCACUUCUGUGCUGGAUGGGGCAUUUUGAUUGCAGCUAUACUGGAAAUAGUAGGAAUCAUCUGGAUUUAUGGAGGGAACAGAUUCAUUGAAGAUAUAGAAAUGAUGAUUGGAGCAAAGAGGUGGAUAUUCUGGCUAUGGUGGAGAGCUUGCUGGUUUGUCAUUACGCCUAUCCUUUUGAUUGCAAUUUUUAUCUGGUCACUGGUACAAUUUCAAAGACCCGAGUAUGGUGAUAUUCCAUACCCUGACUGGGGAGUGGCUCUAGGCUGGUGUAUGAUUAUUUUCUGCAUUAUUUGGAUUCCAGUUAUGGCUGUUGUAAAAAUAAUUCAGGCUAAAGGAAAUAUCUUUCAACGCAUUGUAAGCUGCUGUAGACCAGCUUCUAACUGGGGUCCAUACCUGGAACGACAUCGUGGGGAGAGAUAUAAAGACAUGAUAGAUCCUAAUAAAGAGACUGACCAUGAAAUACCUACUAUUAGUGGCAGUAGAAAACCUGAAUGAGAUCUCCUUUUAAAAGAUACAUGGUCGUAUAAUGUGAUUUUUUUAGAGUAGGGGCAAAUUUUAUUUAUUUGUAUGUUAAUUGAGUAGAAAAUGUAUAUACUAUAUUCAUAACUAUAUUCAUAAUAGUGUGAUAAGUGUUUUCCCAUUUAAGCAGGAAUGCAAUAUAAAAAUGUGAAUCUAUUAA